AUGGAAACUGACAAGGGCUGUAAAUUUCGUCUGAAUAACCCAGGCCGGGAGGUCAGGUUCCUGGGGCUCCGGAAUCAGGCGUCGGAUCUCGGGGACCCCUGUCCCUACCAGUGCGCCGAGUGCGGCCAGAGCUUUAGCCAAACCUCCAACCUCCCCCUGCACAGCCGGAGCCACCGGGGCGAGAAGCACUGCCGGCUCGGGGAGUGCGGGAAGAGCUUCGGCAUGAGCUCCACCCUGAUCCGGCACCAGCGGAUCCACACCGGCGAGAAGCCCUACCAGUGCGCCGAGUGCGGGAACAGCCUCGUCCGCAGCUCCCACCUCAUCCAGCACCGCCGCACCCACACCGGCGAGAAGCCCUACCGCUGCUCCGAGUGCGGCAAGGCCUUCAGCCAGAGCUCCAACCUCAUCACCCACGAGCGCAUCCACAUGGAGGAGCGGCCCCACGUGUGCCACGAAUGCGGCCAGCGCUUCGCCGAGGAGGAGGCCCUGCGGCGGCACCAGGAGGAAGGGCAUAGCGGCGGGGCGGGAGGCAGGGGGCUCGGGGAGAGCCGGGAGACUUGCAUCUGCAACGAUUGUGGGAAAAGUUUUGGAGAUAGCUCAGUGUUGGCCAAGCACCAGGAGAUCCAUUCAUCUUGCAUCUGCGAUGAUUGCGGGGAAAGCUUUGGCGAUAGCUCCGCGCUGGCCAAGCACCAGAUAACCCAUGUGUCUUGCAUCUGUAACGACUGCGGGGAAAGUUUUGGAGAUAGCUCAGCGUUGGCCAAGCACCAGGAGAUCCAUUCAUCUUGCAUCUGCGAUGAUUGUGGGGAAAGCUUUGGAGAUAGCGCCGCGCUGGCCAAGCACCAGAUAACCCAUGUGUCUUGCAUCUGUAACGACUGCGGGGAAAGUUUUGGAGAUAGCUCCGCGCUGGCCAAGCACCAGGAGAUCCAUGCCCCGUGCAUCUGCCCGGAAUGCGGGCAGAGCUGUAAGGACAGCGCGGCCCUGACCCGGCACCAGAUCACUCACAUGCGUGAAAAGCUUUACAAGUGCCCUGACUGUGGGCAAAGCUUUGGCGACAUCUCUGCCCUCACCCAGCACCAGAGGAACCACAUCAGGGAAAAGCUGAGGUGCCCCGACUGCGGGCAGGGGCUCGGGGCGAGCUCGGCGCCAGGGGCCCACCAGAGAGGCUGCACCCCAGCCAAGCCCUUCCACGAGUGCUCGGCGGCCGGUGCCCACGAAAGAAGCCACGCCGAGGGGGAGCCCGUCCGUGACAGCUCAGAGCUUGGUGUCCACGAAAAAGGCCACCCCAGGGCGGAACCGUCCCACGCAGCUCCGGGCAUCCACCAAAGAGGCCGGCCCGCGGCAGAUCCCUCCCCCGCCGGCUCAGCCACUGGCGGCCGCCCCGGCUCGGGUGAAAUGGCCAGCCUCAUCCGGCGCCCGGCCACCGAACCCUACAAGUGCCACGACUGCGGCCAGAGCUUUGCCGAGGGCUUGGGUCUCUCCCGCCACCUGGCCUCCCACCCCAAGCCCUUCCGGUGCCCGGAGUGUGGGCGCGGCUUCCCAGACGCGGCAGCCCUGGCCCAGCACCGAGAGGUCCACGCUGGAGGGGAGCCGGCCGGGCCUGGGGAGAAAAGCCGCAAGAGCUGUGCCGAGAUCUCCGCCAUCCUCUUGCGCCAGGGGAACCACGUGGCCGGGCGUGGCCCACGGAGGCACGCGGCAGACAACUCCCUUCCUCCCGGCGGCUCGGCCCCGGCUCGGCCCCGCCUCCAGCCAUCAGGCCGCGGCCCGGCCACGGCCGCCCGCCGCGAUGGGGGGAUGUCUCUGGCGCGCCCGGAAUGUGGCAAAGGCUCCCAGGGGGGCUCUGUGCUCCUCCAACACCUCCAGAACCACGUGGGGGACAGGGUGUGAGGCCCCCAAGGGCACCUGGCCAGUUCAUAGCUCAAGACUGGGCUGGGGGUUGGGGGAGGGAAGGGGGCCUGCUGGAACCUGGGUCGUGGGAUGGGCGUGAAGGUUUGAGGGCCCUGGGGCAGGAGGCUGGGGGCGAGGAAGGGGAGGUUGGUGGAUGUGGGGGUGGCUGGUCUGGGGAUCUGGUUUGGCAAUGGGAGAGGUUGCCCUGGGAUCUAGGGGAUCUGGUUUUGUGGGGAUUGUGCCGGAAUCUGGGGGAGCCUGGGUUUGCAAGGUGUUCUGCUGGGAUUGGGGGGGCUGGUUUUGUGGAGGAUCGUGCUGGGAUCUGGGGGGCUGAUUUUGCAGGGGAUCG